AGGUAAUUUGGGGUGAAGACCCGAGCGGCUCGCUGGUCGAUUAACAAGCCCUCCUUCGCAACUCAAAAAUUCAACAAAAGCCUUUUCCAAACAAAUGAAACAAUCGCAUACAAUUCACUCUUUUACUUACAAUAAUAUCUUUCCUUAACAAAAUUUGCUCAAUUCCAACUAUUUGUCUGAUUUUGCCAUUUUCAAAGUACAUACAGUACAUACCUACUUGAAGCAUCUUAUCAUAAUUUCGAAUCUUUUCAACCAUCUACCUCUUCAACCAACCAAGGAAAAGAGAUCAGCAGAUCUCUUUGUUCUUUUCGCGCAACACAAUACGGUGCAUCAAAGGUCCCUUCAGAGUGUCACAAAAGACAUUGGAAUCUCGAUUUAAUUGAUAGAAAUCCGGUGUGCUCGGUCAAACAAAAGGUAUGAGUGUAAUGCUCCAGACCCCUUCUCGGGCAUCGACAGCCUCAUCUUCGUCUUUUCAACCAGUUUCCCGACAAAAUACCAUGUCUUCACACGAUGGAACUCGCUCUGCCCGACAAUCAAAGAGAUAUUCUAUGACCACAUUAUAUCUUUCUAUGUCUGCGAAUGAGAAGGACUUGGAAAUUGAGGAUGAUCUUGCGAAAGGUGAGGAUUUUGGCGCAAUUGGUAUGAACGUAGCACUGAUGGAUCCGUGUAGCACAAAAAGUUUUACGAGAACUCAAAUCGAAGAUUUCAUCGCAGUCAAAGAAGAAUUUCGUGUUGGAAAAAGAUGUUAGAUACCUGGAUUCGAGAAUAGCGUUAUUGAUUCAGAAUCGCAUGGCUUUGGAGGAGGUAGGAGAAUAUAAUCUGCAGGCCAAGUUCUCACAACUAACACUUCUCUCAGCAAAACGAGGUAGCCAGCCACCUGGAAGAUGCGACCGAUCUACAAGAAGGGUUCUUCCCGAAUGAUGAAAAGACACAGAAAUAUGGCAAUCUUUUGUUCCUGCUUCAAUCAGAACCUCGUCACAUAGCUCACCUCUGCCGCCUGGUCACUAUGGCCGAGAUUGAUUCUUUACUACAGACAGUCAUGUUCACAAUUUAUGGAAAUCAAUAUGAGAGUCGUGAAGAGCAUCUUCUUUUGACCAUGUUUCAAGUAAGACAUAUACCCUGUGAUUUGACCUCUUUCAGUACUGAUAUGCAUUUUAUAGUCUGUCUUGACAUAUCAAUUCGAUAACACCCCUGAAUAUUCUUCCCUCCUCCGAGCGAACACACCAGUAUCCCGCAUGAUGACUACAUACACUAGAAGAGGUCCCGGCCAAAGCUACUUGAAGACGGUCUUGGCAGACAGAAUCAAUGGACUCAUCGAGCUGAAGGAUCUUGACUUGGAGAUCAAUCCCCUCAAGGUUUACGAAACAAUGAUUGCGCAGAUUGAGCUGGAGACAGGAGGGCUUCCAGCUUCCUUGCCCAGAGGAGUAACCGCAGAGGAGGCAGCAGACAAUACACAGGUCCAGGCUAUUAUCGAGCCAAGGUUAACAAUGCUUAUGGAGAUUGCAAAUGGAUUUCUCACAACAAUUAUUGAUGGAUUAGAGGAAACACCAUACGGUAUUCGUUGGAUUUGCAAACAAAUUCGAAGCCUCACAAAGAGAAAGUAUCCAGAUGCCAAUGACCAAGUGAUCUGCACACUCAUUGGAGGUUUCUUCUUCUUGCGAUUCAUCAACCCCGCUAUUGUCACCCCUAAAUCAUAUAUGCUCAUUGAUGGAACUCCAGCCGACCGACCACGACGUACCUUGACCUUGAUUGCUAAGAUGCUUCAAAAUCUGGCCAACAAACCCUCAUAUGCCAAGGAACCAUACAUGGCCAAACUUCAACCAUUCAUUCAACACAACAAGGAACGAGUCAACAAGUUUAUGCUUGAUCUCUGCGAAGUUCAGGAUUUUUACGAAAGUUUGGAAAUGGACAACUAUGUCGCGCUAUCAAAGAAGGAUUUGGAGCUAUCAAUUACCCUCAAUGAAGUUUAUGCUACUCACGCUUUACUCGACAAACACACUGCCGAACUCAACAAGGAUGAGAACUCACAUUUGGCUGUGAUCUUGGCAGAUUUAGGACCGGCUCCAGCACAACUGCCUAGAAAGGACAACAGAGCAAUCAAUCUGCCACUCUUCAGCAAGUGGGAAACAGCGAUUGAUGAUCUAACGGCUGCACUUGAUAUCACCCAAGAAGAGGUUUUCUUCAUGGAGGCUAAAUCAACAUUUGUUCAAAUCAUGCGAUCGAUUCCAAGUAACAGUGCUGUGGCACGAAGACCACUUCGUCUCGAGCGAGUUGCUGAUGCAGCGGGUCAGUAUCGCAACGAUGCUGUUAUGGUGCGGAAAGGUAUUCGGGCAAUGGAACUGUUGAGCCAGUUGCAAGAGUUGGGAGUCAUCGACAAAUCGGAUCAGUUCAGUCUUUUGCGGGAUGAAGUCGAGCAGGAACUUCAACAUCUUGGGUCGCUCAAAGAUGGGGUUAUUGUUGAAACUCAAAAACUCGACCAGGUCUUCCAGACCAUUCGCGAUCACAACACUUAUCUUGUCGGUCAACUGGAAACCUACAAGAGUUAUUUGCACAAUGUUCGCAGUCAAAGCGAAGGGACCAAACGAAAGCAACAAAAGCACCAAGUCUUAGGACCAUACAAAUUCACGCAUGGAGAGUUAGAGAAGCAAGGCGUUAUUCAGAAGAGUAACGUACCUGACAACAGAAGAGCCAACAUCUACUUCAACUUCACAAGUCCUUUACCCGGAACUUUCGUCAUUUCGUUGCACUAUAAAGGUACGGAUUAUUUUCAUCUGCUUGUAUUAAUCCAUACUAACUUUACCAGGACGAAAUCGUGGUCUCUUGGAGCUUGAUCUCAAACUCGAUGACUUGCUCGAGAUGCAAAAGGAUAAUCAAGAAGAUCUUGACCUUGAGUAUGUGCAGUUCAACGUACCAAAGGUUCUUGCUCUCCUGAACAAGCGUUUCGCCAGAAAGAAAGGAUGGUAGAUUUCGACUACUCCGCAUCCUCAUAAUUAUGGAUGCAUUUCCUUCCACGGAAAUACCUGCUUUCGAUUACUCGCUCGAUGGCAGGCUGUAUGAAAAUUCUUUUAUUCCUUCAAAGCCACCGAUACUGCUGGGUGGUGGCUCAUAGGAGUUGUGUUUUUUGAUCUCGAUAUACCUGGGUGGCAUGGUUUUGAUGGCGUAUAUGACGAUUUCCUGACAUUGUGCAGAUGCAAGCUUUAUACCUCUUUUUCUUCGUUUAAUCUUCCUCGAUAUAUUUUGUUUUAAUUGGUGGUAGUUGUGAUGUUUCUUGCGCGCUUCGUCUUGUUUCUUUGGUUCAUUUACGGGUGCCUUCUCAGUGCGACGAGAAAAUCAUAUGGAGCGAGAAGCUGUAGAGGUUUCGUCUGGCUGGUCCGGAGAAGUGAUAUCAUAGGAUUUUGCAUUAUUCAGAGAGGGAUAUGAGUCAAGGGAUAUUCUCUACCUUGACAUGAUGUUUACUGAAGAUAUGAGGUUGGGAAUUGGGAAGGAAAGGGGAGACUGGGGAAUUCACUGAGUGGACGUCUAUUACGUCUAUCGUUUUUCCACUUUUCUUGGAAUGGGCGGAUGGAUGGGCAGGCGGACGGACGGAUGGGAUCUUUUUUGGGAACAGGCACGCAAGCAAAUGCACACAACAAGGCAUGGAUAUAUGAUUGUGUGAUAGGCGCGUUAGGUCUCUCGUAUACGAGGAAAGCGGAAUACUAGUAGGACCAGACAACUUUUAAAUGUAAUACCAUGAAUGAGUAGUAACAAUUCCUUCCA